AUGCUCGGCAAAAUCGCCCUGGAAGAAGCCUUUGCGCUCCCUCGCUUCGAAGAAAAGACCCGCUGGUGGGCGUCGCUCUUCUCCACAGACCCCGAAACACAUGUCAAGGAGAUCACGGACAUCACCAAGAUCCGCAUCGAGCACGCAGACAAGCAUGGCGUCGGCUACCAGAUCCUCUCUUACACUGCCCCCGGUGUCCAGGAUAUCUGGGACCCGGCCGAGGCACAGGCGCUAGCCGUCGAGAUCAACGAUUACAUCGCGGAGCAGAUCAAGGAGCGGCCUGAUCGAUUCGGAGCAUUUGCAACCCUAUCAAUGCACAACCCGCAAGAAGCAGCCACCGAACUCCGCCGCUGCGUCGAGAAACACGGCUUCCUCGGCGCCCUGGUAAACGACACCCAGCGCGCCGGGCCCGACGGCGACGACAUGAUCUUCUACGACAACGCCUCCUGGGACAUCUUCUGGCAGACCUGCACGGAGCUCAACGUGCCCCUCUACCUGCACCCGCGCAACCCCACCGGCACAAUCUACAACAAGCUCUGGGCAGACCGCAAGUGGCUCGUUGGGCCGCCGCUGAGCUUCGCGCAGGGCGUUUCCCUACACGUCCUGGGCAUGGUCACCAACGGCGUCUUUGACCGCCACCCCUCCCUCCAGAUCAUCCUGGGCCAUCUGGGCGAGCACAUCCCCUUCGACAUGUGGCGGAUAAACCACUGGUUUGAGGACCGCAAGAAGCAGCUGGGUCUGAGGGAGACGUGUAAGAGGACGAUUCGGGAGUACUUUGCGGAUAACCUGUGGAUUACGACGAGUGGGCAUUUCUCGACGAAUACGUUGAAGUUCUGUAUGGGGGAGGUUUCGGCCGAUCGGAUUCUGUUCUCUAUUGAUUAUCCGUUCGAGACGUUUAGUGAUGCGUGCGAGUGGUUUGAUAGCGCGGAGUUGAACCUUGUGGAUAAGGCUAAGAUUGGGAGGGAGAAUGCGAAGAGGUUGUUUAGGUUGGGGGCUUAUAAGGAUUCGGAGGCUUGA